AUGAUAGAUGAACAUACUGGAAUGGGCGGUGGUGAAUUGGAUUGUGACGAGGGUACGUCAUCACCGCUCAACAAUAUUAGUACUAACGAGCAUCUUACCUCACUGAUCGCUCAUAUGGCAAAUAAUACACGAACUCAAUGUCCGGAAUGUGGCAAACAUUUCCGUAAAGGCUCAUCAUUACAAGUGCAUAUGACACUGAAUCAUGGCUUUCCACCACCUGGUAGUUCAAUUUCAUCUGAUGAUCAGGUUGAGAAGUGCUCUGAUUGUGGCACUUCAGCCGAACCAGGAAAUUCUCAGAAUGAAAAUCCGUCAUCGGCACCGGUUCAUCAGGAAAUUAAGGAAAUUAAAUCAAUGAUCGGUGAAUUACGAUCAGCUCAAAGUACGGCACGUGUUGAGCAGUUAUUGACUGGUUUGGAUACACGUGUUGGACGAUUAGAGAAGCAAUUGGAAAUGGCAUUAAACAGUAUUUAUACAUUGGUUCAAUUACAAACCGGAAUUAAUUCAUCCGUAACAAGGUUCAGGGAGGAAGCUUGUGAGCAACUGAAAACAGUCAAAGCAAUGCUCAGCGAGUCUUCCGUUUAA